CCUUGCGGCUGGCGGGAGGGUCAUCGAUCGGCGGUUGAAUUCAUGUAGAGCCUCCGGGUUUGUGAUCCAAUUCAUCUUUAUCGUGCGAAGGAAGCAUCACCUGGUUAGUCUUCGAGUGGGUCUGGAGGAUGAUGUGCGAGGUGAUGCCCACCAUCAGCGAGGAUACCCUCCACCAGAGGGGCUCGCAGAACGGCUCGGAGGACGCCAAUUUCGAGCAGCUGAUGGUCAACAUGCUGGACGAGCGGGACAAGUUGAUGGAGACCCUGCGGGAAACGCAGGAAACUUUGUCCGUCACUCAGGAGAAGAUGCAAGAGGUGGCUCACGAAAGGGAUCUGCUGCAGCGCCAGCUGAAUUCGGCUCUACCCCAGGAGUUUGCCGCACUGACAAAGGAACUGAAUGCCUGCAGAGAACAACUUUUGGAGAAAGAGGAAGAGAUUUCUGAACUGAAAGCAGAGAGGAACAACACCAGACUGUUACUUGAACAUCUGGAGUGCCUUGUGUCAAGACAUGAGAGGUCAUUGCGAAUGACUGUGGUCAAGCGACAAUCACAGUCUCCAUCAGGAGUUUCCAGUGAAGUUGAAGUUUUAAAGGCAUUGAAAUCAUUAUUUGAACAUCAUAAAGCUUUGGAUGAAAAGGUUCGUGAGCGACUCCGAGUUGCUCUUGAGAGAGUAUCAACGCUGGAAGAGCAGUUGUCUUCAGCCAACCAGGAGAUGACUCUACUGAGGCAACAAACUGCACACACACACAGGAAAACAGCUGUUGGUGAGGGUCCAGAAGAUUUGCAAAUCUCAGAGAGCACAGAAGCUGCUCUGAAGACAACGUGGAAGAGACUUUCAAAUGGUUCCAUUGAUCCCAAUGAUGAGGUUAGUCGGGUUGUGGAGAUGCAGGAUUUGCUGGAGAAACAGAACUUUGAAAUGACGCAGAUGAAAGACCGCCUGUCUGCAUUAUCAGCACGCGUGGCAGAACUGGAGGAAGACCUGGAUACAGCCAGGAAGGAUCUGAUCAGAUCUGAGGAGAUGAACAAUAAGUACCAGAGAGACAUCAGGGAGGCAAUGGCACAGAAGGAAGACAUGGAGGAGAGGAUUACAACACUUGAAAAGCGUUAUCUAGCUGCACAAAGAGAGUCCACGUCAGUACAUGAUCUUAAUGACAAACUUGAAAAUGAGCUUGCAAAUAAGGAUUCUUUGCACCGCCAGAGUGAAGAGAAGAAUCGACAUAUCCAGGAACUGCUGGAGCUGGCUGAGCAAAAGCUGCAACAGACAAUGAGGAAGGCUGAGACCUUGCCUGAGGUGGAGGCUGAACUUGCUCAACGGGUCGCAGCACUGACAAAGGCAGAAGAAAGGCAUGGGAGCAUAGAAGAACGCUUAAGACAACUGGAGAGUCAGCUAGAAGAAAAAAAUCAAGAACUUGGACGAGCUCGACAACGAGAAAAGAUGAACGAAGAGCAUAACAAGCGUUUGUCGGACACUGUGGAUCGACUGUUGUCAGAAUCAAAUGAACGACUCCAGCUUCACCUGAAGGAACGAAUGGCUGCUCUGGAAGAGAAAAAUACAUUAAUACAAGAAGUUGAAAAUACAAGAAAACAACUUGAAGAAUAUCAUCAGGACAAGGAGAGGCUGGCGAAUGAAAUAGGAAAGUUAAGGACAGAAGUGGAGCAGCUGAAAUUAAAGACAGGGGCAUUUGCAGAAAGUGUCCAUCCACGAACUCAUUUGGGCAGUGCAACAGAUUUGCGAUACACACUUAGUUCUGUGGUGGAGGCACAGCCUGAACACUAUGGGACCCCAGCAGUGCUAAGGCGACCUCAGAAAGGGCGUUUCACCUCCCUGCGGGAUGAACCUAAGAUUCAAACACUAAAUGAACAGGACUGGGAAUGCGCUCAGCAAGCAAAUGUUCUGACCAGUGCCACACACGCUUUUGAAAGUGACACAGAAAUGUCCGACAUUGACGAUGAGGAUGGAGAGACGAUGUUCAGUUCAGCUGAUCUGCUUUCACCGAGUGGGCACUCAGAUGCUCAGACUCUGGCUAUGAUGUUACAAGAACAACUUGAUGCUAUCAAUAAAGAAAUCAGUCUUUUCCAUGCCAGGAUGAUCCAAGAGGAGAAGGAGUCCACUGAGCAACGAGCUGAGGAGAUUGAAUGCCGUGUGGGGAGUGGAAGCAUGGAUGGGCUAAAUUUAACUCGCAUUCGAACGGGGACUUCCAUUCCAACUUCUCUCACUGCCCUAUCUCUCACCAGUUCUUCUCCACCCGUUAGUGGACGCUCCACACCCAAGCUUACUCCUCGCAGUUCGUCCCAUGACCUGGACCGUAUGGGCAUCAUGACACUGCCUAGUGACUUAAGGAAGCACCGUCGGAAGUCUCCAGUGACAAGGGAGGACAACCGUGAAGAUAAAACGACAAUCAGAUGUGAAACAUCGCCUCCUUCGUCUCCGCGGACCAUGAGGCUGGAAAAGCUUGCCCACUCACUGCAGCAAACAAGUCAAGAAGAAGGACGAAGCACAUUGACAGCAGAGGAGCUGGCUAGCAAUCCCAGCAGCAACAACAGCAGCCAGGACUCAUUGCAUAAGGCUUCAAAGAAGAAAGGCAUCAAAUCAUCUAUAGGCCGUCUGUUUGGCAAAAAGGAGAAGGGACGGCUAGGCCAGCUCAGUAAGGAAAUGGCAUCAGUUCAUGGUUAUGGAUAUUUUGGUGGCAUAUUGGAUGCAGAAAUGACUAUUCAGGACUCCCUUACUCUGGGUAAACUUGGAACACAAGCAGAGAGAGAUCGAAGGUUAAAGAAAAAGCAUGAAUUGCUGGAGGACGCUCGGCGGAAAGGUAUGCCCUUUGCACAAUGGGAUGGACCAACGGUUGUGUCAUGGCUAGAGCUGUGGGUAGGAAUGCCAGCCUGGUAUGUUGCAGCCUGCCGAGCCAAUGUGAAGAGUGGCGCUAUCAUGUCAGCUUUGUCUGACACAGAGAUACAGAGGGAGAUUGGAAUCAGCAAUCCACUUCAUCGAUUGAAGCUCCGACUGGCAAUACAGGAGAUGGUGUCAUUAACGAGUCCAUCAGCUCCACCAACAUCAAGAACGUCUUCUGGAAAUGUCUGGGUGACUCAUGAGGAAAUGGAAAACCUGGCGGCUUCAGCAAAAACGGAGAAUGAGGAGGGCAGUUGGGCUCAGACCCUGGCUUAUGGAGAUAUGAACCACGAGUGGAUUGGUAAUGAAUGGCUUCCCAGCCUUGGAUUGCCCCAGUAUCGCAGCUAUUUCAUGGAGUGCUUGGUGGAUGCACGGAUGCUUGACCAUCUGACCAAGAAAGACCUGCGAAUGCAUCUGAAGAUGGUUGAUAGCUUUCAUCGCACAUGUUUACAUUACGGUAUAAUGUGUCUAAAGAGAUUAAACUAUGACAGAAAGGAUCUAGAGCGGAGGAGAGAAGAAAGCCAACAUGAAAUUAAAGAUGUGUUGGUGUGGACUAACGACCAAGUCAUUCACUGGGUGCAAUCUAUUGGACUUCGUGAGUAUGCAAACAACAUAGUUGAAAGUGGAGUACAUGGAGCCUUGAUAGCCCUCGAUGAAAAUUUUGAUUACAGCAGUCUGGCAUUACUACUACAAAUUCCUACACAAAAUACUCAGGCAAGGCAGGUCUUGGAGCGUGAAUUCAACAACCUGUUGGCCUUAGGAACUGAGCGGAAGUUGGAUGAUGGUGAUGACAAAAGUUUCAGGCGUGCACCAUCAUGGCGAAAGCGCUUUCGGCCACGAGAGGUCCAUGGUAUAACAAUGAUGGCGGGGUCUACAGAAACACUACCUCCAGGGUUCAGGGUUACAGCAAUGUCCACCCCAGCUCCGUCAGUGCAGCCGAAGAAAAUUCAACCAGAAGUUGGUACAUCAGGGACACAGAGGUUAGACACAUCAACAGUACGCACAUACUCCUGCUGACAUCUAGAUCAGUCAGGGAGUCAGCGGUGAUUACCGUGCAUUCCCACUACUUGUAUGGACACAUGCUCGCUGCCUUUCGGGAAUAAUCCACUACAUCUCUGUGAGAUCAACAAUGGAGGUCAAAUGCUGUUGCACAAAACUUAGAAAGGCAUAGAUGGUUUGAAUGUAUGUUGAAUAUAAAUGGGCAAUAGUUUUACUUACGUUCAACAAAAUACUUAACACUAUCAUUUUAUUUAUCUGGUAAUGACUUUCUUCAUUGGAUUAUCCUUUACAAUGCUGGUAGAGAAUUUUAGGGUUUCAUUUUUGAGAUGUUUCACUGUAAUAUUGUUAUAAUCCAAGUAUUAUGUAGUAAUUCUGUCAACUUUUAACCUCAAGUACAGUUGUAGUUUCAUUGGUUGUAUUUUUUUUCAAGUGUAUCAUAUCUGCUGUAUGUAAACGUAUGGCCAUGAAGUAAUGCAAGUUUUUUAUGUAAAUGUAUAUAAAUAUGGCUGACUGUAACAGCAUUUUUUAGAUAAUUUAAUGGAAUUUGAAGAAUAUAGAUUCUACCUAAAUGCUGUCUUAAUUAUUGAUGUUGCUGCCAUUUUUAUCUUGCUAUAUUUCAAAGACAUCUUGUUCUAUUUGAUGAGCAUUUGUUCAUUUUCAACAAAUCAUGUGUGCAAAUAUGUGUCUACCAUGCCAAUUGUAGCACAUGAUAUGAUGACUGGAUAGCUUUAUUCAUUAUUUUUCGUUUAUUGUGGAAAUGGCAACUGUUAAACUGAGUCCUCCUAUAAGUAAUGCAUUGAUUUUCCAAUUGGCAGCAGUUCCAGGCUCCCAAAAUCUCUUGUUCCACUGAUCAUUGAAAAACAUAUUUUUUGACUCCUGAUACGAAUACAACUGGUUUUCAAAUUAGCCUUGUGGUUGGUUACACAAGGUUUGUUCCCUUUGUUUUUAGGACUCCUGAGUCUUGCACAUCAUUUGCUGUAUUCAUUUCAAUUUACUUUCUUAAACUGCAGAUUUGAAUAGUUUUCUCUCUUCCUUAUUUCCCCUCAUUCAUUAUUGAAUGUACAGACCUGAUUGCAAAGCAUCCUUUUUAGAAUAUUACUUCUGAGGCAGCAAAGCAGCACAGCAUUCGCACGUUUUUAACCUCCAGUGCUGAUCAUUCUGAUUUCAGAUACAAUAAUGAGCUCUGAUGUUAAUUCAACUAUUCACAAUAUUUUGAAAUGGGUGGUUUCUACUGCAAAGCCUUCAAAUAUUGAGAAAGUUUAGGAUCAAAGGAAAGUUAUUAGCAUUUUCUCAAAAGAUGCCUUGUAUUGUUUAAACUAAGUAUUUCCUGUUGUGAUUCCCACUUUUAAAUAUAUACUUCUAAAACCAGAAUCAAAGCAUUUUGUCUUUUUCCCUAUUUUAAGUGGAUAUAACGAGCUAAUAGUUGAUGAAAUGUGACAGAUGAGUGCUGUUAAACUGAUUACACCCAGACUACCUGGGACACAGGGAAACGAUUUCCCAAAAUAGGAAAACAAAGUAACACUUUACCAUACCAGAUAUUUCAGGAGGAAUUUAGACAUGCUCCUUUAAAGUGGCUAAGCACUGGCACUUUCUGUUCCAUGAGUCUUUGUGACUAUCCCUUGAAAAUUGUUGACCAUUGAUAACUUUUAUGAAGGUUAACAAAAUGUUAAUCCUAUUUUAUAAAAUUCAUUUUAAUAAAUUGAUAAAUAUAUAUAUUAUAUACAGUCCUUCAAAGCUGUUGAAGUGUGCAUCUUUUUAAUUCAGCACUUUGUGGAAAGCAGUCAAAAUGUUUCUCAGACAUGAGUGUUUUACAAGUACAAUACUUAAUUGUACUCACUUUAGCAUUUUAAUUCCCAAGUGCCGCAAAAAUAAAGUAACGACUUCUUCCUAUUUAAUGAGUUCAGCAUUAGGUGACGUGCAGAGAAUGUACAGGACCACAGAAUGAUCUGACACCAAGCUCUGGUUAUAAUUUUCAGCCUGUGAAGGACAAAAUUAUUUGUUGAAGUCCAAAAAGAAUAGGAAGUCAUAAAUACUUAUCUUAGUAACAGCUGUGAUAUUGUAGCCCAAGGUUUUAUUGAAUUUAUCCAAUGCAUUUUGGACAAUGUCACCAGAAUCUUCUAAAUCCAAUUUUCGCCUGACUAGUAAAUUUGAAAAUUGUCUCCAGUUCCUUUCCCAGUUCAUGAGAGAAAGCAUACUUAAUAAAAAUGCCUAAAAAUAACUUAUUCUAAUUAUGGGAAAGCAUUGAAUAACUUUUUUCCUCCAUAUUUCAUAUUCAAAAUAAUUUAAUAGCUAGAUUUAAAUGUUCUUAGUAAAAUAUAUGAAAAUCAUGUUAUUUUAUGUUAAUUGAACAUGGUGUUUGUUUUUAAACAUUUUCCCUCUGAAUAUAUUGGCAAUCUUUGAGAAGUAUCUGUGCUCAAGUUAAUGAAAUUUAUUGUUAACGCAGUGCACUGAGUUUACAUAAUACUUGUUUUAUUAACAGGCACACUAAUUUUAAGAGAUACUUGGUUUCUUGUGGCAAUUCAGUACAAUUUACCCAGCUGCUUUUGUUUGAAGUAUAACAUUGCAGCAUUUUGUUAAAAUAUAAUAUUUUCAGGUAGGUGGAUUAUGAAUAAACAGCUCAGGAAGCAUGUUGAUCAAAGUUUUAAGUAGUUAACCAGAAAAACUGGAGUGGGUCUAUUGUGUCUCACCAAAGUCCAAUUUUGUUCUUACUAACACACAAAUACCAUAAUUCAGUUUAAAAUCUCUUUGAUAACACAAUACAUCAUUUAAUGUGAAUUUGCAUCAUACUCCUGUCCAUAAAUUAUGACCAUAUUUAAUCAUACAUUUGAAAAAAAUGAAACACCUUUCCUUCAUUUCUGUAAUAAAAUCACCAUUCUAUCUAAUGCUUCUAUUUAACACUCUCUUUCCAUCAUCACUUCCCCCCAGAUCAUCCCUGCCCUUUUCUUUCUGGUACUCAGUCCUUGAUUUUACCCUUUAUUUAUGCCAAGUUUGCCUUGUCAUAUGGUAAUUGUCUUUUUACCAAAUGUACUAAUUCAAAGAAAAAGAAAUUCCUGCAUAUGAAGAGAUAAGUGAGUGAUAUCAUUUGACUGUACAGCAUUCUGUAACUUAUUGCCUGUUUUUUGACAAUGAACAUAUCUUCUGAGUGUGCUGUGGUGAUAGUACAGAUCCUCGUUGACACAUAUCUACUAGUUCUUUUUUUAAUUUAACACGAACAGAGGUCAGGCUGGGACGAGGAGGGAGUGUGAUGGUAGUACUCAAAAUAAAUACACUAUAAAUGGUUGAACAUUCAUGGAAUUUGAUUUCUUGAAAGAAAAUGUUGUCUACUUACCUUUGAAUCAGGUGGAUGUGUAUUUAAAUUAUAAAUGUAAGUUUUAAAACAUCUGAAUUCCUGGGAUUCAUCAUUGAAUGCUUGUACACCAUCUAUUUCAUUAAACUGUGACAUAGUAAGAUGAACUCAACAUAAAUUAAGGGGAUCUGUUUCGAGAUUAUUCACUUUUUAUUAGUGUCAACAAAGAAACUUUUUGAAAAGAAGCAUAUCCAUUAGUUUACAUGGACCAAUUCUGCAACUCUGGCAGCUUUGUUAGUCAGUUCCCCUUUGUAUCUAUCACAAAACCAUUCAGCAAGUACAUAGUGCUUAAAAAAGGCUGGGUUGUGAGCUUCAAAUACCAAUGCACUUUAAAUAUUGUUUAACACGUUAAGGUGAUUUUUGGAUUAAACUUGGAGAUGUACCAAGAAUACUUGGAGAUCUGCUUUGCACUGAAUGUAAAAAUGUUGGUGUCCAUGUAACUAGGAUGGUUCACAACGUCAUACUGUAAUACAUGAGCUACUUUUGAGGAGACUAAAUAAAUUAUGUUAAAGCUAUUAAACACAAGUGCCCACAUUUUAGAUAGAUAGAUAGAUAUUUAUUUAUUAGUCACAUGUACAUCGAAACACACAGUGACGUGCCUCUUUUAGCGUUACUGUGCUGGGGGUAGCCCGCAAGUGUCGCCACGCUUCUGGCGCCAACAUAGUAUGCCCACAACUUCCUAACCCGUAUAUCUUUGGAAUGUGGGAGGAAACCGGAGCACCCGGAGGAAGCCCACGCAGACACAGGAAGAAUGUACAAACUCCUUACAGACAGCAGUGGGAAUUGAACCCGAGUUGCUGGCGCUGUAAUAGCGUUACGCUAACCAUUACACGACCGUGCUUAAGGUGUAUUAACAUCUGAGGAGCAUUAUCCUCAGCUCAGGACACAUUAUUUUGAAAUAUCUGAUCUUAUCAGCCAAAACAUAAAGCAGACUCUUGGGGAGUCCCACCCUUAUAAAGAUGCGUAUAAAUCCUUCUGUGACUGGCUUGGCCAAAAAACAUGACUAUUUUUCUCAGUUUUUAUACCCAAUGUUGAAGUGUUUUGUGGGUGCAUGUUUCCAUAGUCACUUAUCUUGAUGAUACAUUUUCAGCUCCUUGCUGCCACUCUCCUCCUCCUUGUCUAUUUGAUUUUCACCUUUUUAAAGUAGAUGAAAGAAGGGAUAUACCUUGCAAGUUUUAGAUUGAGAACCAACUUAUUUGACAUAUGCAGAUCUGCAAUUUAUAGUUUUUGCAGCAUGUAUAGGUGGAAUAAUAAAACCGAUGUUUAACAGUGCUGUUUAGACCUUUAACUCACUUGAAGGAGCAAUGUGUGCCAUGCUAGGUUUUACAUAGGCAGGAAUGUGUUGAUCUAAAAACUCAAUUUAAAAAAACACCUUUGCCUUGUGUUUAUAUGUAUAGCCACAAACACUAUGUUGGGGAAUAGUGAAGCUGGGGAAGAUGUUGGUUUGAUUAAUGUUUAAACAUGUCAGAACAGGUGUAAUCAGUGUUUGGAUAAACAUUUGUAAAUUCAAUUCAUAGGUUACCUCCUCAUGGUGAAGUAAGUUGAGUUAUGGUCUUUAGCAAAACAUUUAUUUCCAUAUCUGGCGAACUGUUAUGCAGUCAUCAGUUGACAGUUCCCAUUCAAAAUACAAAUAUCUUUAUCAUCUAUAUGUGAGCAAUACUAAUGCAAUGGCCAACUUGUCUCAGUGUGCAGCUGUGAUCUCUGAGCUGUCUAAUGCUGAUAGCUAUGAAGAGUCAAUUCACACAAUCUAACAUUAUGCUGUUAGAAGGAAGGAUUAACAAUUGGCUUGCACUGAGAUCCAAAGACGAUGAUGAGCUGGGCUUGGUGUAGAUUUAAUCUUAACAAUUUAUGCAUGCAGUGAAUGACAAGUAUUUGUAGACAGUAGUGUUUCAGGCCAGAGUAAUUUUGAGAGCUCAUUAUUAUGCAUAAUGUUUGAGUUGCAGAUGAAGUAUUCACUGAUAAAUUAAAAAUUGAAUCCUACACUUUUAUGACAUUGAUAACCUCCAAAAAUUAUGGUAGAUUGGUAAUACAGUCCAAAAGAAAUGUGGAACUGAUGCGAUUAAUUAGCAAUUUAAAGUAAUCUGUGCUGAUAAAGUGCAAAUAAUAUCUAAUCUGUGCAGUGCAGUGGUGUUUGUUUUGGAAUCUAUAAAAUCCUGAACUUGAUGUGCAGUCUUAAACAUUCUGUUUCCAGAAGCAAAAUUCCAGCUGUUUUAUUUCAUGCAAUAAUUUGUUAUCUUUUGCAUCACUGUACAUAACUUAUUGCAAUCUAUAUACUGUUUUAAGGCUUUAUUAUGUGUUCCACAUUUAAUAGGAAAUGAUUAAUAGUCAGUUUUGAUGGUGCAUAGCUCUAAAUACUUCACUUCUAUGCACCAUGAAUAGUUCCUGCAUCAUUUUAUAAAGUCAGAAUGUUUUUGGAAUUUGGGGGAUGAAAGACUGAACUAAUUUUAGAAAAGUUUAUAGGAUUUUCAGCGAAAGACCAGAUGAUUAGAUCUGGAGUUGCUGCACACUUGGAAUGACAUGUUCAUCUGUGCCUGACAGUAGAGUCUUCCUUUCUGUUGCUUAUAAUAAUUAAGUGUAAUUAUUUGCUGGUUUCAGUAACUGACCAAGAACAUAACAUUGUGGUCUUUGCACUUGAAAUGCUCUUGUUUUGUACAGUAUAUUCAGACCUUCUGUUUCUUUUGUCAUGGUAUUAUUUGUUGCCUGCUUUCAGUUGACAUUAGAACUGAAACAAUUAUUUUCCACUGCCAAUAAAAAAAAUCCUAAAAA